AUCAAAAUUAAAAUCCAUUUAAAUUACAGGUUGUAAUGCAACAAAAUAGUAAAAACGCCAAAUGGGUGAAUACAGCAAGGCACUGUACAGGAAGCGUUCACUCACACAUGACAGAGGGAGUUUGAAAUGUUGCGGGAUACCUAAUCUUCUUCGCGUCAUAGCGCGACAAAUGUCCUUUGCAGCAGCCCAUUGGCGUCACCAAAACAUCCCCCAAAGCCGCGAAUAGAGAAACGAGCCGCUGGAGAUGUAAACAGAUUCCCCUGUCAUUCAUUCAAACAACCCGAGGUGAUAUGGUGGAUAUUCUUAGCUCCUCUGUGUGGAAAAUGUUAUGAGAGGAUACAUCACCGCUAGUCAUACUGUCUUUCUAGAAUGGUCGUUGUUUACGGGCUCCGUUUUUCCCAUGCCAGUAAUCCGGUUAGAAGAGAAGUAUUGUUAUAGCUAUCCACGGCUGUAGGACAGCUAGCCUAGCUCGUUGCGCCGUAGGAGAACGGCUGACCUUGACCAGAUGGAUAUCACGAGGCUCGCAGUGGACGCGGGCGCGUUUAUCAACCGAGCUGUUCAGUACACGGAGGAAGCUCUGGGGCAGGCUGAGAAGACACAGUUGGACAGCCGGUUGGAGAGUCUCCUGGACAGAGCAGAGUCCACUAAGACAUGGACUGACAAAAUCAUCUCACAGACUGAGACUUUACUGCAGCCUAACCCUGGAGCUCGUUUAGAGGACUUGUUGUAUAAGGGUCUGGAUUGGAGCGCCCCUGAGAGGCCAACCCCCCACGAGCUGCUGAGUGAAAACAUGAUGGACGCUGCUCUGGAACUGGGGCGACACACACCAUACGGUAGUACUCUGAUUAAGUGUGGGGAGUUGGAGAGGCAGAUCGGGAUGGCGAACAAGAAGCUGAUCCAGACUACAGACAUCAACUUCCUGUCUCCUCUACGGAGGUUUACUGACCAGGAAUAUGCAGUCAUACAGAAUGAGCGCAGGCAGCUGGUGAAUAAGCGGUUAGAUCUGGACAUUGCGAAGGCCAGACUGAGAAAGGCACAGGAAGCAGACAGCGAGGCUCGGGGUCUAAAUGCUAACCCAUUAGGAGAAGAGUAUGUAGCUCAUGUCUCCUACAUGUUCAGCUUCCUACGAGUCAGAUGGCUGAAGAUGUGGGCCCAGGAAGUCUCUCAGGCAGAGAUGGAGCUGAGGAUCUCUCAGUGUGUGUUUGACCGACAGUCAGAGAUCACCAGACUACUGCUGGAGGGAAUCAACACUACACAUGCUGCCCAUUUGAGAAGUCUGUCUGACUUUGUAGAAGCCCAGGGUAGCUACUACGCUCAGUGUUACCAGCUCACACAGGACCUACACACCCAACUGGCCAGCGCUCCUCCUGUGAUCUGCUACAAUAACAACUGGCACUUAGAAACUAACCAACCCUCCACAGGUAACCUGCCCUUAGCAACCAUUCAGCCCCUAGCAACCUGUGACUCUUCAACAACCAACCAGGAAACUAGCCAACCCUUAGCAACCAACCAGGCAAACAGCCAACCCUUAACAACCACCCAGCCCUUAGCAACACGUGAGUCUUCGUCAACCAUCCAGGCAACUAGCCAACCCGUAGCAGCCAACCAGGCAACUAGCCAACCCCUAUCAACCAACCAGGCAAACAACGAGUCCUCAAAAAACAACAAGUCCUCGACAACCAAUAAGUCCUUGACAAACAACCAGACAAGCAGCCAACUCUUAGCAACCACUGGAUCCUCUACAACCAACCAGGCUUUGUCAAACAUCCAGGCAAACAGCCAACCCCUACAAACCAACCAGGCAACCAGCCAACCCCUAGGAACCAACCAGGCAACCAGCCAACCCCUACAAACCAACCCGGCAACCAGCCAACCUCUGCAAACCAACCAGGCAACCAGCCAACCCCUACAAACCAACCAGGCAACCAGCCAACCCCUACAAACCAACCAGGCAACCAGCCAACCUCUAGGAACCAACCAGGCAACCAACCAACCCCUGCAAACCAACCAGGCAACCAGCCAACCCCUACAAACCAACCAGGCAACCAGCCAACUCCUAAAAACCAACCAGGCAACCAGCCAACCCCUACAAACCAACCAGGCAACCAGCCAAUCACUACAAACCAUCCAGGCAACCAGCCAACCCCUACAAACCAACCAGGCAACCAGCCAACCCCUACAAACCAACCCGGCAACCAGCCAACCCCUACAAACCAACCAGGCAACCAGCCAAUCACUACAAACCAUCCAGGCAACCAGCCAACCCCUACAAACCAACCAGGCAACCAGCCAACCCCUACAAACCAACCCGGCAACCAGCCAAUCACUACAAACCAUCCAGGCAACCAGCCAACCCCUAGAAACCAACAAGGCAACCAGCCAACCCCUACAAACCAACCCGGCAACCAGCCAAUCACUACAAACCAACCAGGCAACCAGCCAACCCCUACAAACCAACCCGGCAACCAGCCAACCCCUACAAACCAACCAGGCAACCAACCAACCCCUACAAACCAACCCGGCAACCAGCCAACCCCUACAAACCAACCCGGCAACCAGCCAAUCACUACAAACCAUCCAGGCAACCAAUGAGUCCCCAACAACUAAUGUGUUCUCAACAACUAAUGAGUCCUCGACCACCAACCAGGUAACUAACCAGCCCUCGACAACCAAUCAGGUAACCAACCAAUCUCUAGCAACCUACCGGACAAAUAACCAGCCCUUAGCAACCAAUGAGUCGUCAACAAACAAUGAGACAAACAACCAGGUAACCAGCCAACCCCUACAAACCAACCAGGUAACCAGCCAACCCCUACAAACCAACCAGGUAACCAAUGAGUCCCCAACAACCAAUGUGUCCUCACCAAUCUAUGAGUCCCCGACAAACAACCAAGCAAUCAGCCAACCCUUGACAACCAACCAAGCAACCAGUCUACUGUUAGCUACCAGUGAGUCCUCAACCACCAGCCAGGUAACUAACCAACCCUUAGCAACUAACCAGCCCUUGACAACCAACCAGGCAACCAGUCAAUCCCAAGCAACCAACCAGGCACCCAGCCAAUCCUUAGCAACGACUGGGUCCUUACCAAUCAACGAGUCCCCGACAAACAACCAAGCAACCAGCCAACCCUUGACAACCAACCAAGCAACCAGCCAAACGUUAGCUACCAGUAAGUCCUCAACCACCAGCCAGGUAACUAACCAACCCUUACAAACCAACCAGGCAACCAAUGACUUCCCAAUAACCAACGAGUCCUCAAUAACCAACCAGGCAACCAGCCAAUCCUUAGCAACUAACCAGGCCCCCAGCCAACCCUUUACAACCAGCUGGGAAUCUUUCAAACCCUUAGCAACCAAUGACUCAUCAACACCCAACGAGUUCUCAACAACCAGCCAGACAACUAGCAAACCCUUAGCCACCGACAAGGCAACCAACCAGACAACCAAUGUGUUCUCAACAACUAAUGAGUCCUCGACCACCAACCAGGUAACUAACCAGCCCUCGACAACCAAUCAGGUAACCAACCAAUCUCUAGCAACCUACCGGACAAACAGCCAGCCCUUAGCAACCAAUGAGUCGUCAACAAACAACGAGAACUUGACAAACAACCAGGCAACCAGCCAACCUUUGAAAACCAACCAGGCAACCAGCCAACCCCUACAAACCAACCAGACAACCAAUGAGUCCCCAACAAUCAAUGUGUCCUCAUCAACCAACCAGGCAACAAACCAACCCUUGAAAACCAACCAGGAACUCAUCGAACCCUUAGCAACCAAUGAGUCAUCAACCACCAACCCGGUAACCAACCAACCCUUACAAACCAACCAGGCAACAGACAGCCCUUGACAAGCAACCAGGAAACCAUCAAACACUUAGCAGCCAAUGAUUGCUCAACAACCAACGAGUCCUCGACAACCAACCAGCCGUUAGAAACGAGCCGGACAACAGGUCAGCCUGCAGGUGGUCUUGUAGCUGAAGGAACAGUCUGACUGUGGAACUGUUUGUAUGAAUAGCGAGCGUUUAUACUGUGUGUUUGAGUUGUGAACAGCUCUCCUCCAGCUCCUCUCUGCCAAAACAUCAGCUACCAUGGCUAGGUUCUAAAUGAAAGCUCUGACCUAAGUAGUGCACUAGGGAGAAUAGGGUGUCACUUCAGAUUGGUCCAAUGUCUCAGUCAUAGUGGUGAAGGGCAACACAGCUACAUGGGCCGUUUUAUAAACUGUAGCAGGCAUGUAUUGACCAUUCACUAGUGUUGUUGUUGGACCCAGCAGGACACAAGCGUACCGGCUAAUCCAGGAAGAGUAAGAGGACGUGCUACUAUGCAGUCAUCAGUGGUAGGGAUGUCUUAGAUGUUGAUAACUACUGUCCUGUCAUAACCUGUAUGUACAGUUGAAGUGGGAAGUUUACAUACACUUGGAUUGGAGUCAUUAAAACUCGUUUUUCAACCACUCCACAAAUUUCUUGUUAACAAACUAUAGUUUUGGCAAGUCGGUUAGGACAUCUACUUUGUGCAUGACACAAGUCAUUUUUCCAAACA